GGACUAAUAGUCAGGUACUGUUAGAAUGUACUGGGAAUCCGGUACCUGAAGGGUGGUACACGAAAAUAGAAGUUCACGAUUCCAUUCGAAGUCCUCCGGCCUGCGGCCAUGAUCCUGGAAGGGUCACGUGAUAGGGCGUCCCUACUUCCGAGGCCAGUCCGUGCGUCGAUUUUCGGUCCAGGGUUCUUUCGCCAUGUCCAUGAUUCUUCAACCUGUACUGCUGCAUCCGAAGCUUCUAUCUUGCGAGGCACCAUCCAUUCUCGCGUGCCAACGUCUGCCGAAAUACAAUUCAGCGGCUCUUCUCAUCAAUUAGCCAAGCCUGACCAUCAUAAACCACGUCUUUCGGCCACAGCCGCGUCCACGACUGCCUCCGAAUCGCACCCCCCACACCCCGCCGAAAUGUCCGAAUACUGGAAGUCGACACCAAAAUACUGGUGCAAGCAAUGCGGCAUCUACGUGCGCGACACGAAACUCGACCGCGCAAAUCACGAGUCCACGGGCAAACACAAGAGCGCCCUGCAGCGAUCCCUCCGCGACCUGCACCGCGGCCACGAGAGGGAAGAGCGCGAGAAGGACCGGGCGAAACGGGAGGUCGAACGCCUCAACGGCGUCGUCUCGGGCAAGCCAUCCACAUCAUAUACACCGGCAUACGGCGGGCCGAAAGAAGGGGCAUAUGGCGGCGCCGCGCCUUUGAGGGCCGGGGCAGGACAGCCGGCGGAAGUGGGCCGGCAGGAACAGCUGGAACAGCUUGCCGAGCUGGGGGUCAACAUCCCCACCGAGCUGAGGCGCGGCAUGGCUAUGGCGGGCGAGUGGACCGUGACUUCGACGCGCGUCAUCAACGAGCCGGGGGAGGGCAAGGAAUCGGCGGCGGUGGGGACUCGCGCCACUGGGGUGCGGAAACGAGAGAGGGAGCUGACCGAGGAGCAGAAGGAGGAGGAGAAGGCUAUCAAGGGGCUCUUUAAGAAGCCCAGGAAUUGGGGGAGGGAUAUGAGAGAUAUGCCCUCUGAGGGAGACGCCGAGCUGGAUCAGCUCUUGAGUGGGCCCCUGGUGAAGGCCAAGAAAGAGGAAGGCGAGGGGAAGCCCGAUGAGAAGGCCGGUGGGAUAAAGAGCGAGGAUGAUCGUAAACCACCUGCACCAUCUACAGCAGCGGAAUCAGAGCCGCCGACGAAAGAGGCUCCACCUCUCAUCAAGCGGGAGUCUGACGGAGGGGAUGCCGAGGUGGGACAGCCGGCCCCAGCUGAGGAGGUCAUACCUGCGGCUCCUGAUUCGAAGAGCAACGACCUUGAACCUGCGGGAGCAGAGCCUACAGUGGUUUUCAAGAAACGAAAACCGAAGAAUAUCCGGCAGAAAUGAUGUGCCUGGCGACCCUAUGGAGGUUCAAGAGAAAAUGAUACCCAGCCGUUUGCACCCAGCAUAUUGCCUUGCUCCCAGCCCAACCGUGAUAUGGAACACGAAUUAUCCCCCCAAGUUACCUAAGUAUCGGGGCUCAAGGCGUAUGGGCUCUUCGUCCUUAACUUUGAACCAACCCACCAGAACACGAGAGGCGCCGGGGCUAGAACAACGGCGAUGGAUCCCAGAAAAGUCAUCGUCCACUGGACGCCGAUGCCACUGUAUAAUGGCCGCGCGGCCAUGACCAUCCC